UCAUUUUGCUCCCGAUUCCAGAUUAACCCUAACCAAAAAUGUCAGCUUGGAGUUGGGAUUUUGUUAUUUUCGUCUUAAUUUCAGUUCAAUGUAGCCUAACUUUGUCUGAUUCAGACCCGAUAGCUCAGCAGAAGUUGGACCAGGUAAAGGACCUGCCUGGUCAAAAUUUCAAUGUCGAGUUCGAACAUUAUGCUGGCUAUGUAACAGUGAAUCAAGAGUCUGGGAGAGCUCUGUUUUACUGGUUGACUGAGGCUGUUGAGGAUCCUGCUUCAAAACCUCUUGUUCUUUGGCUCAAUGGAGGGCCUGGAUGUUCAUCAAUUGCAUAUGGGAUGGCUGAAGAACUUGGUCCAUUCCAUGUCCAGAAAGAUGGAAAGUCCCUUUACUUGAACCCAUACUCUUGGAACAAUGUGGCAAAUUUAUUGUUUCUUGAUUCCCCUGUUGGAGUUGGCUAUUCUUAUUCAAAUACAACUUCGGAUAUUUAUAACAAUGGCGAUAAAAGAACUGCUGCGGAUUCGCUUGAAUUCCUAUUAAAUUGGAUCGAGCGGUUCCCCGAAUAUAAAGGAAGGGAUUUCUAUAUAACCGGCGAGAGCUAUGCAGGACAUUAUGUACCUCAAUUAAGCCAAGCCAUUGUGAGACACAACAAAGCCAAUGUUGAAAGCCCAAUUAAUCUCAAGGGUUACAUGGUGGGGAAUGCUCUAAUCGAUGAUUACAGUGAUCAUAUUGGGCGUUACGAAUAUAUGUGGGCAUCUGGUUUGAUCUCGGACCAAACUUACAAGAAAUUGAACAAAGUAUGCAGCAACGAAUCCUUUUUUAACCCGGCGCAGCAGUGUGUCGAAAUAACGGAUAUUGCUUAUCAAGAAAUGGGCAACAUCGAUUUUUAUAGCAUCUUUACUCCUACUUGUACCACCAAUGGCAUCACUAAGAGGCUUAUGAGACGAUGGCAUAAGGUCCAGCAGAGUUAUGAUCCGUGCACGCAGCAACACUCCUUGGUUUACUUCAAUUCGCCGGAGGUCCAAAAUGCACUUCAUGUUUAUCAGAGUAACAACACAUCAAGAAGAUGGGAAAUCUGCAGCGAUGCUGUAGAGAUGUAUUGGAAAGAUUCUCCUACGUCCAUGCUCGAUCUCUAUCAUGAACUUAUAAGUUCAGGACUUCGUAUCUGGGUAUACAGUGGUGAUACGGAUGGGGUGAUUCCCGUUACUUCUACACAUUACAGCAUAGACGCUCUAAACCUUACAACGAUCAACCCUUGGCAUGCCUGGUACGAGGACGGCCAGGUGGCAGGACGGACACAAACGUAUGAAGGGUUGACCUAUGUAACCGUUAGAGGAGCCGGGCACGAGGUACCUUUGCAUAAACCGAAGCAAGCGCUCACCCUCAUCAAGUCUUUCUUAGCAGGAACUUCCAUGGCACCAUCUGAGCAGGUGAUCAAGUCCAAAACUUCUGCUUCAGAAAAACUUCAAACCUUUAUCAUAUGAGAUGUGAGCCAUCUAAUCUAAGCAGUCAAGGCCGUCGUUUUUGAAAUUUUGCCACGAUCGUAAUUUGAUACAAUUGGCUAUUGCGCGUUUGUAGAUUGUGGAAAAAUUUAGGUUCAUGUAAUAAG